CUCAUUGGCUCUGCGUCCCCGCUCACGGCGCUUUUCGGCAGUGUGGCUGCAGCGCCGCUGAAGGGGUCCGCGGCUGGGUUGCGAGUGGAGGCAAGGAACCAGAGUUAGCGGUGUUAGCUGCGCCUGGAAGCAUGGACGUGGGCGAACUCCUCAGCUACCAGCCCAACAGGGGCACAAAACGUCCCCGGGAUGAUGAAGAGGAAGAGCUGAAAAUGCGUCGGAAACAAGCUGGUACUCGAGAACGUGGCCGCUUUCGGGAAGAGGAAAUGACUGUGGUAGAAGAAGCAGAUGAUGACAAAAAAAGGCUGCUUCAGAUUAUUGACAGAGAGGGUGAGGAGGAAGAGGAAGAGGAGGAACCAUUGGAUGAAAGCUCAGUGAAGAAAAUGAUCCUUACAUUUGAAAAAAGAUCAUAUAAAAACCAAGAGUUGCGGAUCAAGUUUCCAGACAAUCCAGAGAAGUUUAUGGAAUCCGAGCUGGACCUAAAUGACAUCAUUCAGGAGAUGCACGUGGUGGCCACCAUGCCAGACCUGUACCACCUCCUAGUGGAGCUGAAUGCUGUUCAGUCUCUUCUCGGGUUGCUCGGACAUGAUAAUACAGAUGUGUCCAUAGCUGUGGUUGAUUUGCUUCAGGAGUUAACAGAUAUAGACACCCUCCAUGAGAGUGAAGAGGGAGCAGAAGUACUCAUCGAUGCUCUGGUGGACGGACAAGUGGUAGCACUGCUCGUGCAGAAUCUGGAGCGCCUGGACGAGUCUGUGAAAGAGGAGGCGGACGGCGUGCACAACACUCUGGCUAUUGUGGAAAACAUGGCUGAGUUCCGGCCGGAGAUGUGUACGGAGGCUGCCCAGCAGGGUCUUCUGCAGUGGCUGUUGAAGAGGCUGAAGGCAAAGAUGCCUUUCGAUGCCAACAAACUGUAUUGUAGUGAAGUGCUGGCCAUAUUGCUCCAGGACAAUGAUGAAAACAGGGAGUUGCUUGGGGAGCUGGAUGGAAUCGAUGUGCUUCUUCAGCAGUUAUCCGUGUUUAAAAGACACAAUCCUAGCACUGCGGAAGAGCAGGAGAUGAUGGAGAAUCUGUUUGAUUCACUCUGUUCCUGCCUAAUGCUCAGUUCCAAUCGUGAGCGCUUCCUGAAGGGCGAGGGUCUUCAGCUUAUGAAUCUCAUGCUCAGAGAAAAGAAGAUUUCGAGGAGCAGUGCCCUGAAAGUGCUGGACCAUGCCAUGAUUGGGCCCGAGGGCACAGACAAUUGCCAUAAGUUUGUUGACAUUCUUGGCUUACGAACCAUCUUUCCCCUCUUUAUGAAAUCUCCCAAGAAGAUCAAGAAAGUGGGAACCACUGAGAAGGAACAUGAAGAGCAUGUCUGUUCGAUCCUGGCUUCCCUCCUGCGGAACCUGAGAGGGCAACAGCGAACCCGGCUGCUGAAUAAAUUCACUGAAAAUGACAGUGAGAAGGUUGACAGACUGAUGGAGUUGCAUUUUAAAUAUCUGGAUGCAAUGCAGGUGGCCGACAAGAAGAUUGAAGGGGAAAAGCAUGACAUGGUCCGGCGAGGGGAAAUCAUAGACAACGACUCCGAAGAUGAGUUCUACCUCCGGCGCUUGGACGCAGGGCUCUUUGUCCUCCAGCACAUCUGCUACAUCAUGGCGGAGAUCUGCAAUGCCAACGUCCCCCAGAUUCGGCAGAGGGUUCAUCAGAUCUUAAACAUGAGAGGAAGCUCCAUCAAAAUUGUCAGGCACAUCAUCAAGGAGUACGCGGAGAACAUCGGGGAUGGCCGGAGCCCAGAGUUCCGGGAGAGCGAGCAGAAGCGCAUCCUGGGCCUGCUGGACAACUUCUAGGGCCCGCCCUGGUGCAUGGACGCUGUCUGGGCCUUCCUCCCAGUUUUUACUUGGCUCAAUGUGACUUUCCGACAAAUUAAACUAGUGGUUUUUUA